UCCUCCAUCCCAUAACUACCAUACCAUAACCUACAACUUGUCCACUUCCUUUCCUACGCCCAUUCAGCUUAUCGUCACAUCCAAUCAAUCAAAUCGGCAUCAACAAGCCAAUUUUUGUGCUGGGACAUAUGUCUCACUUGAGAGUAUGAAAAUCUUCGUAGGAAUAUGUGAACUUCGAUGGAAACAAUGUUGUUAAAGAGGGUAUGGUAUGCCAUUUCUCUCGAAUGGAGAAUUUCAAUUCCUCAUCACAUCGCUGGAAAAACAUACCUCCUCAUCAAUCAAAUAAAUAACCAGUUAGCACCAAACCGAUCGAAGUACUCCGCCCAGUCCCCAUCGUGUUGAUCUUCGCGACUCCAAAUCGCAUCCAACACGCGCAUGGCCUCCCGUAUAUUUACAGUCCAGCACUGGCGCCACAUAUGGUCUAAUUUAUCGCGAAACCAUGCUCUCUGCUCUGGGCAGCGGCAUUCUGCACCCGCUAUGAACGUCGGCCACAGGAUGCUCUUGAACAGCUCAGAGCUCGGAGGGAUGAGUGAGAUAUGGGUUAGGACUGUGGUGACCUGUUCCGCAAAGAAGGUGCAUUCCUCAGGUGAGGGGUGCAGGAGGAUCCGGAUUGCGUAAAGGGUGAUUGUUAUUUUAUACGCUGAAGCAAGGUGUAAUAGUGCGUCUGAGUCCGACAGUGGGCUAUUGCUUUCCGCAGGUUCAGGAGGUCUCCAAUAUGACUCUUUUGAGAAAUGGUGGUCAGGAAAGGGAUACUCCGUGCCUGCGUACAUGGAAUGAUAGACUUCUCGCGUCCAACGUUCAGGGUCAAAGGCAUUAAUCUGGGACAAAAUUGUGGAGAGAUUUACUUUCGGUCCGAGGGUUUGUGAUGAGCUGCCCGCAUGUCGCAGGGAGGAAAUGUAGAGGAUUAUGUGCAGCAAAGAACCCGGACAACCAAGCCAAACCUCUUUUUCCGUGUCAGAUAAAAGAUUCGGUGAAGUUAUGAGUUGUGACGAUACCGGUUCAGACCAACUCCCAGACGGACAUGCUAGAAAGGGUCUGUGUGCAAUUUAUACGCACGUCAUACAGCUUCCUGCUAGGAACGUAUUAAAGCUAUCAUACGCUGCACAAGGCACUCGUGGUGACCCAUCCUCGUCUAUCUCCCCAAGUGGGCUGAAACGACUCUGGAGCAACCUCUUAGCACCUUCGACAUGCAGUUUCCACGUCCCCCGGCCUGAUUCCACCAUGUCAAGAACCAUCAGGAGAAGUGAAGUAGCAAUGGAUGUAUCCUGCCCUCGGGUUUCGGGAUUCGACAAAUUUUGCUCUAGCUGACUAAGUGCUCGAUGCUUCAGAAGUAAUAGAUGUUGAUAAGUAACUCGUACUUUUGCAUUGGGCGAGCGUGCAAACUGUUCGCCAUCCUCUAACGACCGCGCUUUACUUUUCAAGUAGUGGUUGUCAAGUGGAUGUUGGUCCGAGUAAUGAAGAACAUGCAGGUGGUGGCACGCGCCUAUUGCAGCCAUUGCAGCGCACACACCCGAAGAAACAUUAACCAUCUGAAUAAGACGGCGAUAGGGGUUUUUGUGAGGGACUUCGAAAAGUACCAUCAGUUUACAAAACUUGCGAUCAACUUCUAGAUUUGUUAGCAAAAACAUGUCUGCGAAAAUCGCCAAUCCAACGCAACGAUGAUGACUCACAAUAUGUGAGAUAGUAUCGCGAUAUUUUGUCCAAGCCUUGAAAAAUAGGAUCUAUCAGGGUCAGCGGGAUAUGGGAAUAGCAUUCAAUUUGGUCUUUCCUGCGCUGAUCACUCGAAUCCCAUUCUGACAAUGCCAUGUCUGCUUUCUGGCAUUCUUCCGGGCCAUUGGCGCCUCUGACUGACGACAGCGGCCAUGACUCAAAGGAUCCCGGAUUGCCCGGCAGUACCUCGGAUGCAUCGUGGGCGGGACCGAAACAGCAACUGCCAAAGGGGAAAGAUUCUGCAGAAUUGUGCUCCUCUGGCCCAGCAAUGCCAUUCACUGAGGUAGCUUGCGAGGACUUGUUCGCCGUGAUAUCGUCAAAUGUCAAUCCCAUCAUCUUUCCCCGGCUGGCAACACCAUGCACCCAAGUCAGUGGUUUCUUAUACCCCAAACAUGCCUUCUGCGCCUUAUCGCAUUUUCGACAAGUUGGAAUCAGCCGGUCGCAUGUUACACGCCGGCGCCGACAGGUAUAGCAUGGACUGCUCGAAAAGGCUUGGCUGACAGCUGGAUCCUGGGGCGGCGAGGGGGUCCAAGCUGUCGUGCCCAGAGAAAGCAUGCUCCUUCUCCCAAGAGCGCCUCUGCAAUCGACAUCAUUCCCACCCAUCAAACUAAUGUGUCACUAACAUUUACCAGCUUAAUAUCGAAAUGGAAGGAGUUGGGAGAAAUAAAUCCAAACCCGUCCACGAGGAGAUCAGAUCAAGUUAUGAUGAAUCGGCUAAUUAGAAGUUAGUUAUCUCGCCACUGCAAUCUGGCCCACGGUAGUAGCUGGUCAGAAUUAGGGCUGUGUCUUGGCUGCCUCCGUGGGUUUAGCCUCACGUCACGUCGCUGUCGAAGGUUUUAGUUUCUCGGCGUGGAAAUGUUCUCGGCAAUCUAUCAGAAAAGGCCCGGGCUUGGCAUCAAAAACCUUGGUCGCAAGUCCUCCGCUUGGCUUCCUUUCUCGGUAAAAACCAAUUCGAUGAAGUUAGGUUUGGCCCACUCAAGAGUUUGGAGUCGGGUGGCUUUGGUUUGUAAUUUUUAUUCUUGUCCCCCUCUUCGGCGUAUUCUUUGCAAUGUCAUAUAUAAGACCGUUUUCGGUACCUCAAGCAAAAUGGAGGUUUCAACCAUCUCUCAGUCGCACUGGUAUAUAUUUCAUGACGAGUACACAGUCUGGUCCUCAGCUCUACAGUCAUGCCGCUGACAGUGCCGGUACUGUCUCGUGUUCCAACUCAUGGCGAACGUGUUCGCUAUGCCACCGAGCACCGAAAUGAUUCGCAACCCCAAGUGCAUCCAACCCAGCAGGAUGAGCAAACUUUGGCUGAUUUACACCGGACGUUAACUGAGUUCUCUGAAACGGAACACACUGAAUAUCCUGAACCCCAUUCAUCCCUUGACAGAUACUUUAGAGAACGCAGUGUGAAAUCUGUGGGCAGCGAGCCGAUUGGUCGGCUCGGAGUGUGUUUCAAGAACGUGUCGACUUGGGGGGUGCGGAACGAGCAUGCGCAGGUGAAGACGUUAGCACACGCAAUUUGGAGGACAUGCACCUUUCAAGACGUCUAUGAGUGGACAAUCAAACGGUGGAUUGCUCCUCCAAAGCUACAAGAUGGAAGACCUCUGAUCAACGAUUUUUCCGGGGUGGUGCGCAGUGGAGAAAUUAUGUUGGUACUGGGACGUCCGGGUGCCGGGUGUUCGACGUUUUUGCGAACCAUAGCAAAUCAUCACUCCUCGUUCUUAGGCGUGACUGGAUCGCUUGACUAUUCCGGGCUCAAACCAGAGGAUAUUUCGAAACAUUUCAGGGGCGAAGUCGCCUAUAUCCCGGAAGAGGAUAUUCACUUUCCCACAUUAACUGUGCGCCAGACGUUGGAAUUUGCCUUGGAGAGUAAGACUCCAAAACGAUUAAGGCAUAGGAUCUCGGAGAUGCUGGAGUUGUAUGGUCGAGUUUUUGGUAUAUCUCACGUUAUGGGGACACUUGUUGGAAAUGAGUAUAUUCGUGGUAUUUCCGGCGGCGAACGGAAACGCCUGUCAAUUAUCGAAUCUUUGGCCACCGAUUCGGCAGUAGCUGCGUGGGACAAUUCUACUCGUGGCUUGGAUGCUGCCGCUGCAGUCGAUUACGCUCGAAGCCUUCGAAUCAUGACGGACACUUGUGGUAAGGCGACCAUUGUGACGCUUUACCAGGCAUCCGACGCCGUUUACAACUUUGCGGACAAAGUUAUGAUUAUCGACCAAGGCCGGAUGCUAUACCAGGGCCCUGCGAACAAAGCGAAAUCUUACUUCGAGGACUUGGGCUAUAAGUGCCAUCCCAGACAAACCAUCACGGAUUUCCUGACUGGCAUAACAUCGGCCGAAACGCGAUCUUUCCGGGACGGGUACGAGAAGCGAGCUCCGAAAGGGGCAAUUGAGCUAGAAAAGGCGUUCAAGGAAAGCGAAUAUUUCAAAGCCGUUCAGCAGGAUAUCCAAAAUUACGAAACCGACCUUACUCGAAUUCAACAAACCUGCGGAUCCGAUUGCAGGGAAAGCUUUACAGCCUUUGCCAAACAAAAGAAAUCCCGUUUUGUUUCCGCCAAGUCAGUUUACAACACAUCGCUGGUAAAACAAGUUGUGGUGUGUACGAAACGACAGUGGUGGCUCCUUAAGGGAUAUCCUGCACAUCUGUACAUGAAACUGGCCAGCUCAAUUGUGCUAGGACUUUUGAUCUCGUCACUAUUCUACGACCUUCCAGCAAAUAUUCAGGGUGCUUUUUCCCGGGGAGGCUUCAUCUUUUAUGCUAUUCUCACCCUGCCAUGGAUUCAACUAGCUGAACUUGAGGACUCAAUCCGAGGUCGCGAUAUCAUUAGCCGUCAGAAAAGGUUCGCUUUUGUGAGGCCAAGCGCGGUUGCGUUUGCCCGUACUUUGUUCGACUUCGUCACAGUCUUCAUUAUGACGGUUGUAUUUUCUAUAGUCGUCUAUUUUAUUGCUGGUUUGAAAAUGGAGGCUAGUGCUUUCUUCAUAUUCUUCCUCAUCUCAUACCUCCAUACUAUCUGUUACACUUCACAAUUCCGGUUAUUUGCCUCUUUCUCCAGUUUCGAAGUUGCUCUGCGAUACUGUAGCGUGGGAUUCUUGAUUGCCAUUACCUACAGCGGCUAUCUGCUCCCUCUAAACCGACUUAUUUCUCAAGUGCCUUGGGUUGGAUGGAUCGCGUAUACCACGCCCGCCCUUUUUGCAUUCGAAGCAUGCAUGGCCAAUGAGUUUCAUAAUCUAGAACUUAAAUGCGAGCCUGGAACGAUUAUCCCUUCAGGUCCUGAUUACACAGAUACGUUAUACCAAACUUGCGCGGGCCCAGGGAAUAUACCGGGACAGCUAACAAUUAGUGGUGACACAUUCCUAGCCAGCAAAUAUGGUUUCUAUUAUCAUAAUGUGUGGAGGAACUUUGGCAUUUUGAUUCUGUUUACCGUCGCUUUUACCGCUCUAAACGCCUGGCUUUGCGAGACUGUUGAGUGGGAUGACGGUUCUGCUGGUGCUGUUACAUAUAACAGGAAGAGAAAUAGUCAACGCGGCGCGGUAGGUCACGAUGAGGAAAACAAGGCAUUCGAUGUUGACCACAAAGUACCUCCAGCGACGACAAACUUGGGCACUACUAGCACUUCCGAUCAAAUUGCAAAGACGCAAUCAGCAUUCGCAUGGCGAAAUUUGAAGUAUACAGUCCGACAAGGCGACUCGGAGAAGGUUCUGUUGAAUAACGCCUCUGGAUACUGCAGACCUGGGUCGCUAACUGCACUAGUUGGCUCGUCUGGUGCUGGUAAAUCAACAUUGUUAACCACCCUGACUCAGCGUCAAAACGCCGGUACGGUGACUGGCGAUAUAAUGAUAAAUGGCCACACCCCAGAUGUCAGCUUUCGUCGAAAAAUUGGGUAUUGUCAGCAGAUGGAUAUCCAGGACAAGACAAGUACCAUCCGAGAAGCGUUCGAAUUUUCUGCUUUGCUGCGUCAGGGAGCCGAAAUACCACGCAAGGAAAAGCUUGCUUAUGUAGACACGGUAUUGCAGACUCUGGAACUAGUAGAGCUGCAAGAUGCUGUGAUAGGCUCGCUUCCCAUAGAGCAGAAGAGAAGGACAACUAUUGGUGUUGAGCUUUGCGCCAAACCAAACCAUCUUCUGUUUCUAGAUGAACCUACUAGCGGUCUCGAUAGUGAAGGUGCUUUUAGCAUCGUUGUAUUGUUGAGGAAGCUCGCAGAUGCAGGCCUUGCUAUUGUUUGCACUAUCCACCAAGCAAGUCAUCAGCAGAUUGAAGUCUUUGAUCGAGUUCUUGCGCUCAACCCCGGAGGCAAUGUCUAUUACUUCGGUGAGGUUGGACCUGCUGGGAAAGCUAUUUGCGAUUAUUUUGAGCGUUACGGUAUUGCUAUUGAAGACGGAAAGAAUGUUGCUGAUCUAUUAAUCGAAGUUGGCGUCGGAGUAUGUAAAGCGAAGGGGAAAGAUAUAGACUGGAACGAGGUAUGGAAAGCGUCUCCUGAGGCGUCCGAAGUCCAGGAGGAAGUCGACGCCAUUUGCAGCUACAAAAAUGAAGGGGAUGGUUUCGGCCAAAUAAGCGACAAGAAGGAAUUCGCCGCCUCGACAUGGGAUCAAACUGUCCAGCUCACCAAGCGUACGAGUCGACAUUACUGGCGGUCUCCUGAAUACACCUAUUCAAAGCUUUAUGCGUCUACCAUCCACGCUUUACUCAACGGUCUCACCUACCUCCAAAUCGGAAACAGCGAGACAGACAUGCAAUCGCGAGCUUUCUCCUGUUUCUUGAUCCUCAUGCUUGUCCCCGAGUUUGUCAACGGAACCUCGAUGAAGUUCAUCGAAAGUCGCGAUAUGUGGGAAGAACGCGAAUAUCCUAGCAGGAUAUACGGAUGGUUUAGUUUCACUACCGCUCAAAUCUUAUCUGAGAUACCGUAUUCAUUUGUCGGAGGAACUAUUUUUUACCUCAUCUUCUAUUACUCCGUGGGACUCCCUCUUGGUGCUUCUGCCGGAUAUACAUAUCUCAUGGUUAUCUUUUUCCAUCUUUUCUCAACGUCUUGGGGCCAAUGGAUUGCUGCAAUGAGUACCGACGCUGUCAUGGCUGCCAACCUUAUGCCCUUUUUCCUUGUCAUGUGCGAGUUGUUCAAUGGUGUACUGCAGCCUCAAGACGAGAUGCCGGUUUUCUGGGCCUACACCAUGUAUUACUUGACGCCAUUUACCUACUGGAUUGGAGGUAUUCUUUCUAUGAUCAUGAAGGGUGCCGAGGUUACCUGCGACGCAAGCGAAUUGAUUACUUUCCACGCUCCCUCAAACCAAACUUGCGGACAGUAUGCUGGCGAAUGGAUAUCUACUGCUCUGGGAUACCUGGCUAAUCCUGAUGGGAAGGGAGAUUGCCAGUAUUGUUCCUAUAAAUAUGGUGAUGAGUACCUGGCCGAAAAUAACAUCUCGGCAUCCAAGGGCUGGCCAUACCUAGGCAUCUUCAUCGGUUUCAUGAUCGCUAAUUACUUCAUCGUGUAUCUGCUGGUCUACAUCUUUUCCGUGAUAAAACCAUUCAAGAGGUUUAAAAGUUGAGCGGUUGAACCACAAUCGUUACACCUCCGCGUGCGGGUCUGCUCGGUGCACGCAUCCCAACCGCAACACUACCAGGGCAUGUCCAUAUACAUUCAUCAGCGCCAUGACCUGCUAGGAAACCAUAGUUGUUGGCUCAGCCAGAAUGCUUUUAGGUCCCUACCCGGUACUAUUCGGUAUAUCCAUUGGAAGCUUGGAAGCCAAAAUCCUCCGCAAGCUCGCCCCACCUUAAGCGAUUGAUUUCUUGCUCAUAUCGCUUCACAUUUGGUACGUGGUGGUAGGGAAAGUUAGGCUAUGCCCUCUGACAAAGAAUUUCAAAAUUCCCGGUGUGUACACAUACAUAGGGGUAUAGACCGAUAGAUAGAUAGGUAGAUAGAUAGAUAGAUAGAUAGAUAGAUAGAUAUCAAAGCAUCAUGUCGUCGUACAUACGCCAGAAGUGUCAUCGUAACGGUUUCCCCUCCUCCUUUUGUUUCGUGCCACAGAAUAAAAUAAGUAUUGUU